CCAUUAUUCCCCUAUCAUCUCGCCGGUCAACCACGAACCACCACAAUCAUCUCCGUCUUCUCGUGUUCGUCUCAGCCGCCAUCACCAUCACAACCCCUUGUUCCUCUCCGAAAGGCCCUCUUCGUGUCCCUCUUCUUCUUCCCUUCUUCCUCCUUCCUUAACAACCACUCCACCGCUGCUUUGCGGCAGUAACAAAAAGAUACCCUAAUAGAAAAAGGGGGUAAAUUAGGGCCAUAUCAACCCCUUAGGGUAGCAUCUUCUUCGCGGGAAGCAAUUUUAACCACCUUAGGUGUUGGUGGCGGUGGUCUGCAAUAGAGAUUUCAUGGAGGAAGAAGGUGGGUUUUUUAAUGGAAGAAUGGAGAAGGGAGGAAGAAAGGGAUGAAACUUACAAAAUUAUCCCUAAUUAAACAAAUAAAAUUACCCAUAUACCCCCUGAAUUACAUUGCUUGUCAAUUAGAUUGAUCAACAAGUAUUUCCUCUAAAUCUUUGACAGUUUUUACCAGAAUGGAGGAUGGAAAGUGAAUUCCAAAGAGUGAGAUAUAUGCUCUUUUAAAUGAACGAAUAAUCGAUUUGAUCGAAAAAUACGAAGGAUAUUUGGUUAUUGGAGUCAUCACUUCGGGGAUCACUGCGGCGUGACUGAAUGUAGAGCAGUCCGCUCUUACAGCCUUUGAUCAAUUAAUACGAGUACUCACUAGAGGUUGAUUUUCUUGUACCCAAAUACCCAAUUAUUAGAUAUACUAGUAGUUACAUAAGCUACAAGUCCUAUAAAACUUGAAUAGUGCAAGUAACACAAUUUUGUUGAGUCCCAAAUGUGAAAGAAAUGGGUCCCUUUCCCUUAUAAACAAGGUCUAUUGUAACAAAGAGUUGAGCUACCCUCACCUCCAUCCAUCCAUCCACCCUUAUUAAACCCCAUUUUGGCAAUUACCAACCUGUCACUCUAUCCUCAUCACUCAUCUUCUUUCUCACUCUCUCUCUUUCUCUCUCUCUCUCUCUCCUCCCAACACAAUAGUACAACAGAAUCACCCCUCUUCACCUCCAGCUAAUACCCAGACCCACCCUUUUCUUUCUCUUUCUCUCCCCUAAAACUUAAAUUAAUGGCUUAAUUACAUUAUAUAUUCCCUUUUAUUUCCAUCUUUUCUUCUUUUUUUCCUAUCUCUCUCUACCGUUGAUAACCCCAUUAACAAACUUACAGUUUUGAGCUCAAUAACAUCCAUCAAUGGUGUCGGUGGAAGAAACCCACUCUAAUUCUACUCGAUUACAUUCCAUGUACGCUAACUUUCACUCCCCUUCUUCUCUCUCCUCCGCUUCUUCCACCCAGAUAUGGCGAGAACGAGGCCGCUCCAUGAGAACCGUUCGUUCCACCAUCUUCUGCCCUUCUCCUUCCCCCUCCGCCGGCGCCGCCGACCUUCCGCCGCCGCACCCUCCGACGGCGAGCAACUUCGUCUCCGAGAAUCUCACUGACUCAGUCAUGGACAUCCGACUCGGUGAACUCGCUUCUCGAACUGCCAAAUCGAUCAAAUCUUCCUUCGCUGAUGACGAUUUUGGCCUUCUCGACGAUCUCUCCCGCUCUUUUAGCGACUACUCUGUGUGUAGCAGUGAUAUUUCCGGCGAGCUUCAGAGGUUAGCUGCGACUGCUUCGAUCGGGCCGGGUUCGGGCCCUGGAUCGGGUGAAAUGGAUCUAGAGCCCGAACCAUGUGAAGGGUUUCUUCAGAGAGAGAGCUUUUCGACGGAGAUUAUCGAGAGUAUUUCGCCGGAGGAUUUACAGCCUACGGUAAAAUUCUGUGUUGAUAGCUUAUCAUCGCCGUCGGCGGCGAUUAAACGGUCGGCGGCGGCGAAGCUACGGUUGUUGGCGAAGAAUCGGGCCGAUAAUCGGGUUUUGAUUGCGGAUUCGGGUGCUGUUCCGGGUUUGGUUCCGUUGUUGAAGUCUACUGAUCCGUGGACUCAAGAACACGCGGUGACGGCACUACUUAACUUGUCUUUACACCCGGAUAACAAGCGGCCGAUUGCCGAAGCUUCUGGUGCGAUAAAAUCUUUAAUCUAUGUGUUGAAGACGGGGACGGAGACGUCGAAGCAGAACGCAGCCGCGGCGUUGAUGAGUUUGGCGAUGGUUGAGGAGGAGACGCGCCUUACGAUUGGCGCGUCCGGGGCGAUACCGCCAUUGGUGGCGCUUCUUAUAAAUGGGACUACAAGGGGGAAGAAGGACGCGCUUACGACGUUGUAUAAGCUGUGUUCGGCGAAGUUGAACAAGGAGAGAGCGGUGAAUGCUGGGGUGGUGAGUCAUCUUGUGGGGUUGGUGGCUGAUCAGGGGAGUGGGAUGGCGGAGAAGGCGAUGGUGGUGUUGAGUAGUUUGGCGGGGAUCGAGGCGGGGAGGACGGCGAUAGCGGAGGAAGGAGGGAUAGCAGCGUUGGUGGAGGCGGUGGAGGAGAGCUCGCAGAAAGGGAAGGAAUUCGCGGUGGUGACAUUGUUGCAGUUGUGUGGGGAGAGUGUUAGGAAUAGAGGGUUGUUGGUUGCUGAAGGGGGUAUUCCUCCUCUUGUUGCUUUGUCUCAGAUUGGCACGGCUCGUGCUAAGCAGAAGGCUGAAACCCUUCUUAAAAUAUUGAGGGAGCCGAGGAAACAAGAGGCAGCAGCUUCGUCGUCAAGUCCUUAACAACCAACCGAAGUGGUAUAUUUUACAAUUAACUUUGGGGUUUUGCUUCCAUAGUACUGUAUAUAUCGAGGAGGUAGAGUGGUUUUGCCUUUGGUGGUGUCUAGUAUGUACAGUUGUGUGGUUUUUGGGAAAGGACUGGAGAAACUCAUUAUUAGGAACUGUAUUGAGAUCUUCCUCAAGCUGACUUAGAUAUUCAUUAGUAGUUUGCAAAUAGGUUCUCUGUUUAUCUUCUCCAACCCUCCUCUCUUGUAGUCAUCUUUUUUCCUCUUUUCAUAGCCGCCACAUAUUUGGAGAUGGCCGAAAUUCUUUGUGAAUCAGUUUUCGCUUCUCAGAAGUUUGGGCUUGACGGGGUUCUAGUCCUUCCAAUUUUUUGUUCCGGUGGUGCAAAAAUUUGUAACAUUUUCGUAGUAUUAUUUAUAGGAUGUACUAUCUGUAUGAAGUAAUUAGUGUAGAUGUGCUUAAAAUAUGAAUUGAUGGAAACAAGAGGGUACUUGCAAUCCAUCUUAGCUUUGGGUUAUAUUUAGAGGAAUUGUUGAAGUUGUACAUGUGUAAUGUUUGGGUGUAAAACUAUUAUCAAAAUGAUAUUGUUAGGUUGUUGGGUGUUGAGAAAUUGUGACUCAGAUUUUUAUUGUCACCUCAUCUUCAGGCAAGAUUAUUGAUUGUUUGUCCUGAAAUUUUUUACUACUCCUUCACCCAUA